GGGGGCCCCUGGGGCUCCUGCGAAUUAUUCAGUCUCCAUCCUCUCUUUAGAUGAAGUUAAAAAUAAAUAGAGGAGAAUAGAAAUUCGGAGUGUUCUUAAAAAAAACUCAAGUUUUACAUAGAUUUCCAAUCCUCUGUUUGCGUAAGCUGGAUCUGCAAAUCAUCGAUAAAAAGGAGAGAAAAAACAAGACUAGGAAUGGUUUGUUAUUCGCAUAUAAUGUGAAUCCAAUGGGCUACCCUUUGUGAGGAUCGAAAUGGUUUCCUUAUUGCUCUCCUCGAUUCAUUUGGGUUUUCAAUCGUUUUCUAUAGCUCCUCAUCAUUAACAUGUCCAUUGGUAUCGAUCUGAAUUGGGUUUAAUACGAGCAGAGCAGCCACGGAUGAAUCCCUGUAUUGACAGAAGAUCAUAGGGUUGUGGCAUUGGAUGGUCAUGUGCCUGGGUAUUAUAUUGUCAAUUCAAAUGGUGCACAGUUUGCAGGGCGAUUGCUGGCGGAAGCAUUAGAUGGCGAAAUAUAUAAGAGGAGGGUUACACAAUAACAAUUAAAGAUAAGAUGCCUGGAUUGAGCCAGAAGAGUGGCCAUCACAUUCACACUCACUCAUCAUCAACAUCCACUUCCAGUUGCGGUGGAUCGGCCACCAAUGCAAAAGAUGCCAUAUGGUCUUGUUCUCGAGACCAUGUCACCUAUGCCCAGCUUUACAAGUUUUGGAGCGAACUCCCAUCAUCUUCUCGACAGGAACUGUUGCGCAUUGAUAAACAAACUCUGUUUGAACAAGUACGGAAGAACCUAUAUUGCUCACGCUGCAAUGGACUGCUACUGGAAGUAUUUUCCCAAAUUGUCCUCUAUGGAAAAAACAUACACCAGGAAGCUGCAUAUGCCCAUGCCUUAUGUGGGCAACCACAAAAUAGAAACCAUAUUGAAAAUGGAUCAAAAUUAAUGGCUGCAAGCACUCAAGAUGACACAAGUGAUCCAUCAGUUCACCCAUGGGGUGGGUUAGCUACAACCCGAGAUAGUGUUCUGACCCUAUUGGACUGUUUCUUGAUUGGAACAUCACUUGAGGCACUUCAAAAUGUGUUUGACAGUGCGCGGGCAAGGGAACGUGAGCGUGAAUUGUUGUAUCCCGAUGCUUGUGGUGGUGGAGGUCGAGGUUGGAUAAGCCAAGGAACUAGCACUUCUGGAAGGGGGCAUGGGAUGAAAGAAACUUGUGCUCUUCAUACAGCAAGGCUUUCAUGUGAGGCUUUGGUAGAUUUUUGGUCUGCACUAGGAGAGGAAACACGGCUCUCUUUAUUACGUCUGAAAGAGGAGGACUUUAUUGAAAGGCUCAUGUUCAGGUUUGAUAGCAAGCGAUUUUGCAGAGAUUGCAGGAGAAAUGUUCUGCGUGAAUUCAAGGAACUGAAAGAACUGAAGCGCACACGAAGAGAACCUCGUUGCACUACCUGGUUUUGUGUUGCAGAUACUGCAUUUCAGUAUGAGGUUUCAGACUGCACAGUUCAAGCUGACUGGCAUGAAUGCUUUGCUGAAGCUGGAGAAAUAUACCACCAUUUUGAGUGGGCUGUAGGAACAGGGGAGGGAAAGUCCGAUAUUUUAGGUUUUGAAGAUGUGGGUUUGUCUGGAAGUGUCCAAGCAGAUGGUCUUGAGUUAGAUAACAUAACUGCAUGUUUUAUCACAUUAAGGGCUUGGAAGCAUGAUGGGAGAUGUACAGAACUCUCUGUUAAGGCACAUGCACUGGAAGGUCGAUUAUGUGUCCAUCGUCGCCUAAUUGUAGGUGAUGGCUUUGUCACCAUUACUAAAGGUGAAAGUAUUAGAAGAUUUUUUGAGCAUGCAGAAGAAACAGAGGAGGAAGAGGAUGAAGACUCAACAGACAAAGAGGGCAAUGAUCUGGAAACUGAAGGCUUACGGCCACAAAAGCAUGCAAAGAGUCCUGAACUUGCCCGUGAUUUCCUCUUAGAUGCUGCAACCGUUAUCUUCAAAGAGCAGGUAGAAAAGGCUUUUAGAGAGGGAACUGCACGCCAAAAUGCUCAUAGUAUUUUUGUUUGUUUGGCACUUGGUCUGUUGGAAGAACGUGUACAUGUUGCAUGCAAAGAAAUUAUUACAUUGGAAAAGCAGAAAAAGCUUCUUGAAGAGGAGGCUGCUGAAAAACGUGAAGAAGAGGAACGGAAAGAAAGAAAAAGACUGAAAGAACGAGAGAAAAAAAUGAGGAGGAAGGAGAAGCUCAAAGAGAAAGAGAGAGAGAAAGAAAAGAACAAUGUGGAUGUGAAUCCUGCUGUCUUGAUUUCCCAGAAAUCUGCAAUUGGUUCAAUGCCAACUGAACAAGAGGAGUCUGCAUGCCAUUCUGGUGAUGGUGCAGGAAAUAAAAAUGAUGAUACUGUUAUGGCUAGGUCUUCUUCACCAGAUAUGAUAAUGGCCACAUCUUCUAUGCAUUAUGUUCUUGGAGAAAAUAGGAAUGGGAAAGAACAUGACAUGUCAUUUUCAGUUGUUGAUGUGGAUGGGGAGCUCAAUGCUAGAGAUGGCAAUGGCUCCUUUAUUGUUGGCCAGUCAAAAUCAGCAAGACGAAAAUCAAAGAUAAGGAAAAGUCCAAUGCUGGAGACAGCUUCAGGUCGAUUAUUUAGGAGAGGUCCUAAUAUGAGUCUUGAGACACAUAGCCAUCUCAGGAGUUCUGAACGACCAGCAUCCAAUGGAUAUUUUGAGACUACUGGAUCCAUACACAGUUUCCAGAAACAUUCAAAAAGUCUGAAGCCUGAUAAUUUUGGGAAGGCUGAUAAUAGAAAUAGCACAACUAAGUGCCAUGAAAAAUAUCACUGGUCCAAUGGAAGGUCACAUUAUAGAUAUGAUUAUCAGCUUUGUGGUUGUAAUACACACAGUUUUGACAAAUCUGUUAGGGAGUCUAGGAUUACAGACAGAUCUGAUGCUACAUAUGACAUGCCAAAACCUUUUUAUCGUAUUGGCAGCCAUAUGGCUGGGCCUAUUUUGGAUCAUGGAGUUCAUAAGGGGAAGAAUUCUGCAGGGGUGUUAUGUGGGAGCAGAGGGGACAUGGUUUCACAUAAAAAAGUGUGGGAGCCCUUAGAGUUACGGAGACAAGCUAAUAGAAGCCCUUCACAAUAUAGUGUUCCAUUGAAUUCCAUCACCUCGAAGGCUGCUGCUUGUGAAAAGGGAGACACUUUUAACAGGAAGAUAAUUCAAUGCAGCAAUAAACUAAACACUAUGCAUAAUAAUAAUAAUAACAACAAUGAUAAUAAUAAUGUUUCAGUGGCAUCAAUCAGUACAAAUGAAUGGAGCCCCUUAAGUUCUUGUAUAAGCAAUGGAAGUGACAAAAAAUCCAGGAUAUCCAAUUCACACCAUUCUGAGAGUGAUGCAACAUCUAAAGGUCUUGUUCAGGAGAUAAAUAAUGAUAGUGGACAAAUAACAAAGUCGUCCAUUUCUGUGCCUCCAUUUAAUGGGAAUCAUAUUAAUGACUCUGCUUCAUGUAUAUCAGCUGCAGAUGACUGUUGUAGGCAAAGUAGAGACAACAAUGGCUGCAUUGUGAUUCCUUCCUCUCACAACAUUAGUGAGAAACCAAAGGACACCACGGUUGCUGGAGAUUCUUCCUCUGCUUCAGAGAAUGGCUGCCAAUAUGGAGAUGUAAAAAUCUCCAACAAAUGUGGAACGGAUUUACAGGUUCCAUGCUCUAACCCUGGCAGUAUUGAGAACUUUGACAGGCACAGGAGUGGGUCACAGCUUGGAACUGCAUGUUCUCCAGUGCUUAAUCAUGUAGAAGAUAUUUCAAAGACAACGGGAUUGUCUGCUAUCCAAGGCAGUGCAAUGUCUGCAACAAAAGGCUCAUUCACUACUUUGGAAAUGACAUCCCAGCAACAAAUGUUGCCAGUCCACCUUCCAAGUAUAUCUUCAUCGAUGUAUCCUUUACAUUCCCAACAUAAUCAAAGCCACAAUUACUACCAAAGUAGUGGAGGAUGGUCCUCUGUCUCUGGCAGUGGUCUAUUGCCUGUUACUCCCCCAAAUCGGAUUGUUUUUCCUGGGCCAGGUGGGUUUGGGUUAUCUUCAGGCAGGUUGCCUGGCUUUUCCUUGCCACAUCCUUCUUUUCAGCCUUUGCCAUCUUUACUUGCUGUAAGUAAGAUUCCAUCCUCACAUGGAUCUGCUUCUGUAAGUUAUAAUGGUCUUACAAGUUCUAGGUUGGGGGAACCACAGAUUGGAGAAGUUAGAUUCUGCACUGGGGUCAAUUUAGUGCAUCAGGAAGCAAAGAAUCUUCCUCAGAAAGAGGUUUCCAAUGGUCUUUCUUCAUCAGAGGUAACAUCUCCUCAACAAGAUGGAAUUUCUGGAAAUUCACCAACUCAUGAUACAUCGGCAUUUUCCCUAUUUCAUUUUGGUGGUCCAGCAGGGGUGACAAAAGAGAGUGAUUUAAAUUCAGCUCCCUUGCAAGAAGAAAUUCCACGUGAUUCAACUAUGAAGGAUGCUUGUGUUGCACAACUGCUCCAAAGUGACAUUACAAUGCCCAAUGAUCAGGCUCCUAUAGAAGAGUAUAGCUUGUUUGCUGUGAGUCAUGGAAAUAGGUUUGCGUUUUUUUAAUGGAGUGUACUAAAGUACAUCACAACUUCUGGUUCAGAGGCUACUGAAUUUUUUCUUCAUAGCUUGACAUACGAAGGUGGAUGGUUUGACCAUCUAAAAUUGGCAUCGUGAAAUCUUCUUACUUGGGUAGAAAUUCUGCCUAUAUAUUCAUUGAGUUUGUUUGUUGUCAAUUCCAUAUUAUUUAUUGUUUCCAAUUGUAUAAAGUGAUUGCUGCAAAGGUUAAUGCGUUGAAAUUUUGUUAUAUGAAGUAUAUUAGAGUUCAUGUUAUUUGUAAUUGAUUCCGGGAGAAUUAGUGGGGUUCGUCUGGAAUUGUUUGUGAAAGAACAAUGAUUCUUUAUAUUAACUGAGUGGCAGGUGAUAUUUUUCUUUAAUCAUUAAAAGAAAAAGGCUCCAUGAUUGGAUCUUA